AUGAAACUCAACCCACAAAAGCAGCAAAAUGAAGGGAUUCCAAUACAAGACAAUGCAGCGACGACAGCUUCAAUCACACAAGCACCAAUAUUGCUAUGGGAAAGACUAAAUCUACCUGAAUACACCCUCAGGGCAAUGGAAAAUCCUAGGUCUCCACAGACCAAGGCAUAUCAAUGGCUAAGCAACAAUAUCAACAAAUCCAACAAUACACAACAUCUCCCAGUAUGGAGACUGAUGCAAAGGUUUGCACUGGCCACAUUUUAUUAUUCAACACGGGGGGACUACUGGGUAUCAAAUCAAGGCUGGCUGGAUUGGGACACCAAUGAGUGCAACUGGGAACAGCUACGAUGGUCGGAUCCACAAGCUGGAGAGGUGGAUUGUAAUGACAGCGGGAAACUCCUUUCAUUGCAAUUUGUUGCUGCCAACAACUUGGACGGAACAAUACCACCAGAAAUAUCUCUGCUUCAUGAGAGCUUGGAAGUACUUUUAUUAUCUUGGAACCGCCAACUCAAAGGAAGUAUACCAACAGAGGCUGGGAUGAUGACAAGGCUGACAGUCUUGUGGUUUAGCGCAACUCACUUGUCUGGAGCACUCCCAACAGAACUAGGUCAGCUACAAAGCUUGGAGAAUCUAAUGAUCUCACACAGCGAGCUUGAUGGGACUUUACCUACUGAGCUUGGGAACCUAAGCAACCUGACAACUCUGGGAUUUCAGAUGGCAAACUUUUCUGGGUCAAUUCCCACUGAGAUUCUUCGACUGUCGAACCUGCAGUCCUUGAGUUUCUUAGAGUGCCCUCUAUUGGAAAAAACAGCUUUCCUCCCUGGGGUUGUUGGAAACCUGCACAAUUUGAAGAUACUAAAUCUAAGCAAUCGGAAAACUGGGGAUUUGACAUCAAUCCCAUCUGAAAUUGGGAAGCUGACCAACCUGGAAAAUCUUAUUUUCACUGACUUUCAAUUCAAUGGCACAAUUCCAAGUGAGAUGGGAUCGUUGACAAAGCUAGCGUACUUGACGUUGAAGAGGAACUCAAUCUCAGGCACUUUACCAGAAGAGUUAUCGAAGGUGUCACAAUUAAGGGUCUUACGAAUCCAAUCCAACAAGUUGGAAGGAAGGAUCCUAGAAAAAGGCGUCCUCCACCAACUCAGCAAGUUGUUGCUUUUGGAAAUAAGUGACAACCUAUUCUCCGGUUCUCUUCCCACAGAAGUUGGUUUGUGUCUAGCCUUAGAAUUGAACUGCAAAACACGCAAAUAUCUGGCACUCUUCCCACGGAACUGCUUUUGUUGGACAACUUGA